UCAAUGCCUAAUAGUGAAGGAGACAUGGGACUCCCGGGUGCUGGGCAAAUUAUUGCAGGCAGAAGAAUUUAAGCUAAGCUUUGGCAAUGAGGCAAACCAGCCAUACCCCAUGAUGUGGGAAGCCUGCAAGCCUGCACCUCCCCAAAUUGUGUUUGGACUUUGCCUUUUGCAGACAUAAAUUGCGAGUUUUGUGGAGAUAUGGGCGUGGAAGGGAAGAUUGUGCAAAGCUCAGAAAAACCCCUGGUAUCAGUUACUCUGAAUAAAUAUAAUGUGAGCAUUCCAAUAAACGCAUCUCUUAGUAGCUUUUCAGAAGGGCAGGCUCCACCAAAAUAUGGCUGCCUUCAUGCCCAUCUUCAUCUGUGGGCUGUGCUUGUUGCUUUUAUUAAUUGCAUUCUAUGUUUUACAAGGUUUUAAGCAAUCAGCUUUAAAAUUGCCUCCCGGUCCAUUUCCUCUUCCAAUCAUCGGCAACCUGCAUUUGCUGGACAUCAGGAGGCAAGACAAGUCCCUAAUGAAGAUUUCAGAGAAAUACGGGCCAGUGUUCACUGUUCACUUGGGGUUUCAGAAGGCGGUCGUGCUGACUGGCUACGAGGCAGUGAAAGACGCCCUGCUGAACACGGCCGAUGUGUUUGCAGACAGACCCGUUAUACCAAUCUUCCAUCACAUCCAACAUGGAAAUGGUGUGUUCUUCUCGUCUCAAGAGCUCUGGAGGAAGACACGGCGGUUCACAGUGUCAGCCAUGCGGGACCUUGGCAUGGGGAAGCGUCUGGCAGAAGAAAGGAUCCUUGAGGAGCUUCAAUUUCUCAUCAGACUGAUCAAAUCCUUCAAAGGUGGACCUUUCCGACUUCGAUGUUUGAAUACAGCCCCCACCAACAUCACCUUUGCUAUACUCUUUGGGAGAAGGUUUGAUUAUGAAGACCCAACGUUUGUCACUCUGCUAAGACUCAUAGAUGAAGUUAUGCUCCUUCUUGGCUCUCCAUUCUUGCAUCUAUUUAAUUUCUACCCAUUCCUUGGAUUUCUCUUCAAACCUCACAAAAUUAUACUGAAAAAAAUAGAAGAGGUGUGUGUGAUCUUAAAGAAACACAUCAAGGAGAGCAAAGAAAACAUUAAUGGAAACGACCUGACAAGCUACAUUGAUGCACUGGUAUUCAAACAAGAGGAGAAAAAUAAAGAUACUCUUUUUCAUGAUGAAAAUGUGUUGGCCUCUGCACUUGACCUGCUCAUGGCUGGCACUGAAACAACAUCCACAACAUUGCAAUGGGCUGUUCUGCUGAUGAUGAAGUACCCUGAGAUUCAAAAAAAGGUGCACACAGAGAUUGAGCGAGUUCUUGGCCCUGGCUGCUUGCCUACCUUUGAGGACCGGAAAAAAAUGCCCUUCACCACCGCAGUCAUUCACGAAGUGCAGAGAUUUGUCACCCUCCUGCCACAUGUUCCCCGGUGCACCUCCACUGACACACAUUUUAAAGGCUACUUCAUACCCAAGGGAGGAGAAACUGCAUUGGAGAAAGCCUUGCCACAGUGGAACUCUUCAUCUUCUUCACUGGCUUGAUCCAGAAAUUUACUUUUAAGCCUCCACCUGGGGUCAAAGAAUCAGAGCUGGACACUACUGCAGAGGCUGGAUUUACCAUGAGACCCCAUCCACAGUGUGCAUGUGCUGUGCUACGCCCAUAAGCCCAAGGCUCGGAGCUGAGGAAAACCCCUGUAAUUGUUUUGUGCAGAGCCCAGUAGAUGCACAAAGCAGAAACGAGAUCCCAGUGCAGUAGAUACAAGUAGUGUCUUCUUACUCAGAGCCUUUCAAGUACUGGCUCUAUGCUUAAAAUGUUUAUUGAGCAAAUACUUUUCUAAGAAACAGAGGAGAGCUGGUGGGUAAGGUUACCUGGAAAAUACCAGCCAGAUACAUGGCUGGAAAUGACAGAACUGUCACUACUUUACACAUUAAAUACACAAUGUAAGAAAGUUAUCCUAGUUCUGACCUUCUGAGAGAGAAUGUUUCUGAGCUGGGGGUUAUUUCUUCAUUUGGAGUGCAAUAUUAGAUACUAGUGUUGUCUUAUCCUUGAAUCCCUGCUCUUUUCCCAUUCCUUGCUGUAUGUGUGAUAAAUUACUCCUCAAUACUUGCA